GAAGGAGAGAUUAAGUAAGGUGUAAUAAUAAAAGAAAGUGGGGAUUGUUGAGAAGACAGAUAGGUUUUAUUACUCUAUUUUUCUGCCCCAUAUAUUAACUCCCUUUUUCAUCAUUGUAAAAACAAUGUUUUGACUGUCCAUUUUUAUUUAUAUGUUGCUGCUCUCCUCUCAAUCAUCAUGAAUCUCAACCACCUCUUUUCCUAUGCAUUUACUACAUUUAUGCGUUUAAAGGAGUUCUUUUUCUUUCUAGUAAUGGUGGUCUAGUUUCUUUCUUUUCUUUUUUUCUCUUUCCUUUUCUUUGGCACUGAAUGAAAUAUGGUUAGAAUUAAGAAGAAAGAUCAAAGUUUUCUACUACUCCUGGUUUUGUGUUUGUUCUUUGUUAUGUGUGAAUCACAUAAUUUGAACUACACAAAGUAUAAACAAGUUAGCAAUAUGAGACUUGAAAGGAUUCAAAGGCAUUUGGAUAGAAUCAACAAGCCUCCUCUCUUCACUAUUCAGAGCCCGGAUGGAGAUAUCAUAGAUUGUGUUCAUAAAAGAAAACAACCAGCUUUCGAUCAUCCUUUGCUCAAGAAUCACAAGAUUCAGAAGAUUCCACCAGAGAUUCCAAAACUGAAAACGUCAGUGAAAACAGACGCGAUGAUGAGUAGAGACGUCGUAAGUAACAAUAGCAAAAGUGCAGUGGUAGAUUGGCAAUUAUGGCACCAGAACGGAACGCGGUGCCCUGCAGGCACUGUUCCGAUAAGGCGGAGUGAGGUUCAUGAUGUGCUUAGAGCAAAGUCAUUGUAUGAUUUUGGUAAGAAAAAACGACAUGGAUUGCCUAUUGCUCGUCGUGUUGAUGCUCCUGAUGUUGUUAGUGGCAAUGGACAUGAGCACGCAAUAGCAUACACAGGAGGGUCUGAAGAGAUAUAUGGUGCAAAAGCAACAAUAAACGUGUGGGAACCAUCAAUCGAAGUGGUGAACGAGUUUAGUCUAUCUCAGAUUUGGGUUUUAUCUGGAUCUUUUGACGGGUCGGAUCUUAAUAGCAUCGAAGCUGGCUGGCAGGUUAGUCCGGAGCUGUAUGGUGACAGCAGACCUAGAUUAUUUACAUAUUGGACGAGUGAUUCCUAUCAAGCAACAGGAUGUUACAACCUAUUAUGUUCAGGAUUUGUCCAAACAAAUAGCAGAAUAGCCAUUGGUGCUGCCAUUUCUCCUGUUUCUUCUGUUGAGGGAAGUCAAUAUGAUGUUACUAUACUCAUUUGGAAGGAUCCAAAGCUAGGGAAUUGGUGGAUGGUGUUUGGUGACAACACACUAGUAGGUUAUUGGCCGGCUGAGUUAUUUACACACUUGGCGGAGCGUGCUACAAUGGUGGAGUGGGGAGGAGAGAUAGUAAAUUCACGGGCCAACGGAGAACAUACGUCUACACAAAUGGGCUCGGGCCAUUUUGGUGAUGAUGGAUUUAGAAAAGCAAGUUACUUCAGAAAUCUUGAAAUUGUGGACUCUGAUAACAGCCUAAGUUCAGCCCAAGAUAUAUCAAUCUUGGCUGAGAACACAAAUUGCUAUAACAUAAAAAAUGCUUAUAGCAGUGAAUGGGGUACACAUUUCUAUUAUGGUGGACCUGGUAGAAAUCCACAAUGCAACUAAUAUGAUGAUGAGGCAAAGUCUCUAGCUAGUUAUCACCAAUUUGUUCUUUAUUAUUUUUAUUUACAUCUUUUAAUGCUAUUUCCAACUUUGUUUAUGCUGAUUAAUUACACAUUGUUUUUCUUCUUGUGUCUA